CUAUGGUUCACGCCUCCCCCACCUGUGGCCUGAGUGCGCCGCUGCGCCUCCCUUAUCGGCCGUCCCUGUGUCCGUCCCUGCGCGGUGUCCGUCCCUGCGUGUCGCGGCGCAUGUGCCUCGGGCGGUUUUGUGUGGCCUGGCGCGGCGGCCGGUCGGCCGGCCGCGUGGCAGUCUGCAGCUGGACCCAAUACAGCAAGGAGCUCGGCACGGACUUUACACUGGCGACGAGGUGAACUUCAGGCCCGGCUGAUGGUGGAGUGAAGAGCUGAAGAUGUCGAACGAAGACGGCACUGCAGCAGCGGGGCACCUGCAACUGGAGCCGUUUGAGCCAACUUCAGGUUCGUGGACGGAGUGGGAGGAGCGUCUGCAGUUCUUCUUGGAGAGUAACGGCAUCACAUCGGACAGCAGGAAAAGAGCGACAUUUCUCACGGUAUGUGGCAAACAGACCUACUCACUUGUACGCAGUCUUGUGUCGCCUAGGAAGCCCGGUGAAGUCAGUUUCAAGGAUUUGCUUGAAAAGAUUAAGGAGCAUCAGGAUCCCAAACCGUCCGUACUGGUCAGUCGUUUCAAGUUCGGAACAUGUAAUCGCCGUCCGGGUCAGGCUGUAGCUGACUAUGUUGCUGCUCUCAGGAAAGCGUCUGAACAUUGCUGCUUUGAGGACACUCUGGAGGACAGGUUGUUGGAGCAGCUGGUGAUUGGAGUCGGAGACGAGAGGAUGCAGCGGCGUCUUCUCUCGGAGAAGAGCCUGGACUUCAGCAACGCCGUGAGAAUCUGCCUGGCUCUGGAGACGUCGACCAAGGACGCCCACCUCAUGUCUCAUAACGGUGAGAGGGCCGAGCCUGUACAGGCAGUGAGUGCAGGUUCUCGUAGGGAGCAGCAGGCCCAUCCGCAGUGUUGGCGGUGUACUGGAGACAAUCACAGCGCUGAUGUUUGUCGCUUCCGUAACUCCAAAUGCUACAACUGUCACGGACUUGGACACGUGUCCAAGGCCUGUCCAAAGCCCCGCCGCACAGGAGCAGGUCGAGGCAGGCCCCCAGCCGGCCGCGGCAGGGGUCGUCGGCAGGUGACGAACGCCGUCAGCGCUUCAGACACCGAGGACUGGGACAAUUGGCCCGAUGAAGACGCCGGGAACGUCCAGCAGGUGGCGGCUACCAGCAGCGACAGCCCACAAUCUGCAAGCGUCCUCCAGGUGAGUUCUCCGCCACUUCGCUGUUCUGUUUACUUUCAGCGAACGCAAGUAGACAUGGAGAUAGACACCGGCUCGGGUAACACUCUGAUAGGAGAGGACACAUACAAAUCUCUACGGAUACGUCCCAGGUUGAAACCCAGCGCUCUCAGGUUGAGAACGUACACAGGAGAUGUGAUUUCAGUCCUGGGGGAAUUCAGAACUGCAGUAACUUACAAGGGCCAGAAGCAUGCUAACCUCAAGGUUGUUGUGGUACAAGGAAAUAGGACCAGCCUAUUGGGACGGGACUGGUUGAAAGCUGUCAAGUUAGACUGGAAGGAAGUGUGUGCUGUUGAGAAUGUGUCAGUAGCGGCGUUGAGAAGGAAGUAUGCGGAAGUGUUUGAACCAGGUCUGGGGGAGUUGAAGGAUGUGAAGCUCCGCCUGAACAUUGACCGAAGUGUGCAGCCCAAGUUUUUCAGAGCUCGUUCCCUGCCAUACGCCUACAAGGAAAAGGUGGAGAAGCAGCUGCAAAAGGACGUAGAGUCUGGUGUACUUGAACAGGUAACGCACAGCAGGUGGGCCGCUCCGCUAGUUCCUGUCUUGAAAAAGGAUGGCACUGUCAGAGUAUGUGCUUACUUAAAGCUGACUGCAAAUAAGGCUGUGAAGUGUGACACAUAUCCGCUUCCGCGCGCGCAGGAUAUUUUCGCGCAGCUUGCUGGGGGACGAGUCUUCACUACGCUGGAUCUAGCACAGGCGUAUAACCAGGUCAUUGUGCAUGAAGACUCGCGCGAUGUACUGACGGUGAACACGCCGAAGGGGUUGAUGCGUUACUCUCGUCUGCCUUUUGGGCUCAAUUCGGCGGUCAGUCUGUUCCAGAGGGAGAUUGAGCAGGUGCUUCGUGACUUACCUGGUGUGGUGGCUUACCUGGACGACAUCCUGAUCUCCAGCAGAACGACGGAGGAGCAUCUGAAGACGCUGGACGACGUCCUCGGAAGACUGAAGAGAGCCGGGUUGAAGAUAUAUUCCAGACCGCAGUCAGAAGCUGGCGCCACUUCAUCUCCUCCUGCAGAAGGACGUGGCAUGGCGCUGGGGUGCAGAGCAGGCUGCCAGCUUCCAGUGGGCUCGUGACGUCCUCUCGUCUGGCUCCGUGUUGGGUCACUUCGACAUCAACAAACGGCAAGUCCUAGUGUGUGAUGCCUCCUCUGUGGGAAUCGGUGCCGUUUUGGCUCAGAGGGAAGCUGAUGGGACUGAGAAGCCAGUGGGAUUCGUUUCUAGAAGUCUGUCCCCAUGUGAACGCAAAUAUUCUCAGAUCGAGAGGGAAGCACUGGCAAUCGUUUUCGGGGUUACCAAGUUUCACGCGUACCUGGCCGGUAACAUGUUCUCGCUGGUCACCGACCAUAAACCUCUGGUGAUGUUGUUCGGUGAACAUGCUGACCUACCUGAGAUGGCGUCUUCCAGAAUCCGGAGGUGGGCGUUGAAGCUCUCGACGUACCGAUACGAGAUUCAGUACCGGCGGACUGAAGAGAUGGGCAAUGCUGAUGCCCUCAGCCGCUGUCCUCUGCCUGACUCGAACUCUUCGCA